AUGUAUAAUUAUAACUUUUGUUUUGAAAUUCAACGUUCUAAGCAUGUUCUUGUAGUAUUCAUGUUACUGGCAAUAAAACCAACGACGCGUAUUGAACGACUGGGAGAAAAAAAAAAAAAAAAAAAAAAAAUAGAAAAAAAUAAUCAAGACUGUUUGGUCAACGUGAUUGCAUCAAGAGAUAUCAACGACAUGGUUCUUCCGUCUAGCUUACAAGGGAAUUUCCCUCCUUCAGAAAUCACAUUCUUUGCUGAGAACGAACUCAUUACAGUUCUUCCAAGGUAUUCGAUUAAAAAAAUAGAUCUUAUCGGAACAAGGAUUCCAAACCUACGGGCUAUGAGAAGAGAGCAGGUUCCUUUAUGGGUUGCAUUAAUUCUAAAAUCUCAAGAUAAAUGUAGUAUCGUUCCACCAAAAUGGCUUAAUGUGGCGUUUCUAAAAGAAAAGUAUGAUGAUGAAGUCCGUAAACCACUUCAGUUUAGUGAUUUACCAUGGAAUUGGUUAGAAGUUUCAAAGAUUUUAUUAGACAAGGCAUCAGAUGAUUUACUGGACCCAGUUGAUCAAUUGCGAUCAGUAAUCCAAGAUUUACGUGAGGUCAGAUUGGUUAAAACAAAGAAGGGGUUCAAAGAAUUGAACGAAUCCAAUAUUCAAUUAAACGGUUUAUCAUUAUUAGAAAUUAAUGAAAUUCGACCCUUUGUAAUCCCAGUAAUGAAUAAGUUAAGAAGAUUACACGAAACUACUCAAUCUAAUUAUUCCCAAGCACAAGAUGAAGAAAUGGAAGAUGUAUCAGAUGAGGAAUAUUAG